UCGUCUGGUCUCGCGGGUCCAUGCGGAGCUGAGCUCGUCUCGAGCCCCUUCAGUCGCGCUUUACUCCUCCUUUUCCUCUUCGUCCGCUGCCGCCGCCGCCGCCCCUCCGCUGCUAUGUCGGCCGUGAAGGCGCUCAACCCCAAAGCCGAGGUGGCCCGAGCCCAGGCGGCGCUGGCCGUGAACAUCAGUGCUGCCCGAGGGCUGCAGGACGUGCUGAGGACCAACCUGGGGCCUAAGGGCACCAUGAAGAUGCUCGUAUCUGGCGCCGGAGACAUCAAGCUCACCAAGGAUGGCAAUGUGCUGUUACACGAGAUGCAAAUUCAACACCCAACAGCCUCCUUGAUAGCCAAAGUAGCUACAGCUCAGGAUGACAUUACUGGUGAUGGCACUACUUCAAAUGUUCUCAUCAUUGGAGAGCUGCUGAAACAGGCUGAUCUCUACAUCUCUGAAGGUCUACACCCCCGGAUUAUAACCGAAGGGUUUGAAGCUGCCAAGACAAAGGCACUUGAAGUCUUGGAACAAGUCAAAAUCAGCAAGGAAAUAGAUAGAGAAAUUCUCAUAGAUGUGGCCCGAACAUCCCUGCGCACCAAAGUCAAUGCUGACCUGGCUGACGUGCUGACUGAGGCAGUAGUAGACUCAAUUUUGACUGUCAGAAAACCUGGUGAACCUGUUGAUCUUUUCAUGGUAGAGAUCAUGGAGAUGAAGCAUAAAUCAGAAACUGACACAUCGUUGAUUAGAGGACUGGUUUUGGACCAUGGUGCCCGACACCCUGAUAUGAAGAAAAGAGUAGAAGAUGCUUAUAUCCUUACGUGCAAUGUGUCAUUAGAAUAUGAAAAAACAGAAGUGAAUUCUGGAUUUUUUUACAAGAGUGCAGAGGAGAGAGAAAAGCUAGUAAAAGCAGAAAGGAAAUUCAUUGAAGAUAGAGUAAAGAAAAUAGUAGAACUGAAAAGAAAAGUAUGCGGUGAUUCAGACAAAGGAUUUGUUGUUAUUAAUCAAAAGGGAAUUGACCCGUUUUCUCUAGAUGCUCUUGCAAAAGAAGGUAUAGUAGCCCUCCGCAGAGCAAAAAGAAGAAAUAUGGAAAGAUUGACUCUUGCAUGUGGUGGGAUGGCUAUGAAUUCUCUUGAAGAGCUAAGUCCUGACUGUUUGGGACAUGCAGGACUGGUCUAUGAAUAUACCCUGGGAGAAGAAAAAUUCACCUUCAUUGAGAAAUGCGUCAACCCUCGAUCUGUCACGUUGUUGAUCAAAGGACCAAAUAAGCACACCCUUACCCAGAUCAAGGAUGCUGUAAGAGAUGGUCUGCGUGCUGUCAAGAAUGCUAUUGAAGAUGGCUGUGUAGUUCCUGGUGCAGGUGCAGUGGAAGUGGCCAUAGCCGAAGCUCUCAUUAAACAUAAGCCCAAUGUCAAGGGAAGGGCCCGUCUUGGAGUCCAAGCUUUUGCUGACGCUUUGCUCAUUAUUCCCAAGGUUCUUGCCCAGAACUCUGGUUUUGACCUUCAGGAAACAUUAGUUAAGGUACAGGCUGAACAUGCAGAAUCUGGACAACUUGUUGGUGUUGAUUUGAAGACAGGUGAGCCCAUUAUUGCGGCCGAAGCUGGCAUUUGGGAUAACUAUUGUGUCAAGAAGCAGCUCCUUCACUCCUGCACUGUAAUUGCCACCAAUAUUCUCCUGGUUGAUGAGAUCAUGCGUGCUGGAAUGUCAUCUCUGAAAGGUUGAAUUGGAUCCUAGGUUUCCAUUGUAAUCAGCUGAAUCAUGAUGGUCCCACAGGAAGAACCGCAAAGUGUAUGUCUGGUGGCGGCCUUUAUUCCCAGCCAUCAAAGGAUUUUCCAAAGAAUAAUUGUUUUUCUUAUUGUUGCAGUAAACAUGGCCUCUACGACUGAAAUUAUUGGCCCCCAUUUAAAAGUGUACGGUCCUAAAAUUGAUUACAGUAUUUAUUUUUUUUUAAUUGCACUGAAGCCUCCAAUUAAAGCUGCGGUCCUUUUUACCCAAUCUGUAAUUGUCCUGCUUGGCUUCAUGUCUCAUGUAGUAGGUGGACGGUGUGCAGCUUAGAGCCUGCUUGUUUCUUCGUUGUGUUCCAUAAAGUUGUGGUUUGAUUUUGCUGUAACUGACUUCUCCAGUUGCUUUAUUCUUUUAUCUAUCUAGACAUAAAAGGGGCAAGAAGGUUUCUCAUUCAAAUGACUUCUACCUUCUGUAACCACUUUUCUGUCCUAGUGCAAGCCCUGAAGCAUAAAAAAAUUUUUUUUAAAGUAAAUAGUUUGUAUUUCCCUUUCCCAAGAUGUUCCUAUGUUGAGAAUGAGCUGAGAUACUUAGUAUGCACUUAGGAAGAUAACGCGAUGUCUAAUUUAUAUAAAGAUUUACUAGACCGCCCCAUUCCUUAUUAGCUUUUAACUUAAAACCUUACUUUUUAUUUAGGUUAUUUUGACAAAAAUCCAGUUGCCUUAGUAUGUGGUCUUCUAAAAGUGUAUUUGUUGGGUGGGGGGGUAGUAUUUUUGGUUUGGUGGCUUUUAUGACCCUUUUAAUUGUUGGAUGUAAAUUGGAACUCGUUGCUGGGUGUGUAUAAAAUGUAUUACUGGUUUUUCA